GGGCCCAUACAAUAAUUCUGACUUCCCACCUUAGCCGCCUCCUCCACUUCAACGCAAUUUCCUCUCUGCCCAACCAACCGCCGGCGCCGAGGUCAUCUGGUGAAGAAGAUUGCUUUCUCCAGUGACACAAUUUCUCUAGAGAAGAAGACCGACUGGGCUCUCCGUCCUGUUUUCGCUCUUCACCGAGACUCUGCUAGACUCUACAACAUCAUCGACUUAAUGUUAUACACCUCUGUUGCAGAUUCAGUUCACAACCAUUUUUGUUGAAUAGCUUACGUACAAUGCUAGACGAAAGUAAAUUUGAUUUGAAUUUGAAGUUGUGGGCACUUCGAAUACCUCGCCAACUUUGCAAAGCUGCCACUCGAUUACUAAAUGGCUACUUGCUCGAUAAGCCUCGUGUUAAGCCUAUUACUGAAGACCCAACAUGUGAGAAGAACCGUUACAUGAUAUUGUCUGAAAGUGUCCAAAACUUUGAUUUAUCUGAUAUCCCCAAUGACAAACUUGAGGAGCUGAGAGGAUUGUGCGAAAUUGAUGUAGUUCCAUAUACAUUGACCCUUGGAUAUUCAUAUUGGGGUGCAGAUCAUAUCUUGAAGCAGAUACUGCCUGCUGGAGUUGAGGUGCCUUCAUCUUUCGAAACAAUAGGUCACAUUGCCCAUCUGAAUAUCCACGAUGAGUUACUUCCCUUCAAGGAUGUUAUAGCAAAAGUUAUAUAUGAUAAAAAUUAUCCAAGAAUCAAAACUAUUGUUAAUAAAGUUGGUACAAUCUCAAAUGAGUUCCGCGUGCCCAAAUUUGAAGUUCUAGCAGGAGAGAAUGAUAUGGUUACAGAAGUGAAGCAGUAUCGAUUGACUUUCAAGCUUGAUUAUGGCUUGGUGUACUGGAAUUCGAGAUUGGAACAUGAACACACUAGGUUGGUUUCUCAAUUUCAGGCAGGGCAAAUUAUUUGUGACAUGUUUGCUGGCAUUGGUCCUUUUGCCAUUCCUGCAGCACAGAAAGAAUGCAUAGUCUUUGCAAAUGACCUAAAUCCAGAUAGCAUUCGUUAUCUGAAGAUUAAUGCUGAAGUUAACAAGGUUGAUGAUUAUGUCUGUCCUUACAAUACUGAUGCAAGAAAAUUCAUUGCUCAAAUGAUGACUGUACCCGAAGAGAUAGAAUUGAACCAUAUCUCUCCCUUAAAAUCAAGUGAACAGCAGAAGGAGACGGUUAUCAAUCAGGAAUCAGAAUCAAAAUGCAGCAAAGUAACUGUUGAAGUGAAAGAAUUACAGAAUGGUGCUGAGGGUAAAUUUGAGAGUGUAGAAGGCUCAGGUAAGACUGUGGAUGCUUCAGUAGUUGCAGUGAAAAGACCUUCAGAUGAUUGUCAAGAAGGAAAUGGAAGCCUUUGUAGCACUGAUACUUCUCUUGCUGGAAAAGGAAAAGGAAACAAGAAUAAGAGAUUACGAGGCUCAAAGGUUGUUGGCGUGAAGACUUGGGAACAUGUUGAUCAUGUUAUAAUGAAUCUACCUGCUUCUGCUCUUCAGUUUUUAGAUGCGUUUAGGGGCAUAAUACAAAAGAAAUAUUGGAAGGGUGAUCUUCCUUGGAUUCACUGCUAUUGCUUUAUACGGGCAAAUGAAACCCAAGAGUAUAUUAUAUCGGAGGCUGAGGCUGCCUUAGGUUCGUCUAUACAAGAUCCAAUAUUUCACAGGGUCAGGGAUGUUGCUCCAAACAAGUCAAUGUUUUGCUUAAGCUUCAGGCUUCCAGAAUCUUGUUUAGUGUGAAAACGUAUCGACGUAGGCAACAGUUAGAUUAAAUAUUCACCGAUGUUAACAUUGCAGGGAUGGUUUAAUGGCGUUCGGGUUUAGCUUUCAAAUUUGCCAGUUUAAAUACUCUCAGACAAUGCAUACAACAGAUAUAAUAUUUACUUUGAAGAAAACCCAUUUUUGUCUGAAUUCUAUGGGGUGAAACUCUGAAAGCAAUGAAAAAAGGGUUUAAUCCUUUUCAGUUUUGUUACUUUAGGUUGCCUAACAUGAGGGACGAUGUUUUUUUUUUAUCAAGCUUAGCAAUAUUGUUCCAGUUUAACACAUCAUGUUUGUGACAUUCUGGUUGAAAGGGUGACAAGGAGAUUGGCUUUUGACAUUUUCUGUGUAACCUGUUUGAAAGAUUUACACUGAAAACUGAAAGUUUUGUUCUUUAUGUCAAAACAUUCUGAUUGGUAA